UUACUUAGCAACAGUUGGUGAAAAAUAACAAUCAGCCUAUGCUGAUUGAAAUCACUGAGUUCGAUCUCAUGCCAAUAUAAGCUCACAAUAAUACUUAGUAUUUUAAAUUUUAUCACCUAAAUGAGUAUAUUGGAGAAGGGAGAUAACAAGACUGGCUUUAUUGGAAGGUGGUUGGUGAAGGCAGAUAAGACGAUUUGCAAAUAUAUUGCCUGCCACAACUAUUACAUCGUUGUAAGGUUAUUUUCUUAAAAGAAAUUCAGGCUCAGAGUUAUAAAUAAAAUAUCGUCUGUUUUUGUAGGGCUGCUGAAAUCAUAUCAUAUCUCGAUACAAAAUCCCAGCUUCCCAGAAUACCAAAUGGGCGGUCCCUUAGCUAGCCGCCCUACAAUCGCUCACAUCACAAGAUGAAAACAUUGUAAAUGGCAUCAAAGCCGAAGCACUCGCAGUCGAAGAAGGAAUUAAGGUUGAACCUAAACACAUUGUUCAUUGUUCAUGAGACAAUUUUAUAGAAUACUGACUAACACACCCACACGCUAGACAUCUUCAAACGAGUACGUGUGACUUGUUCUGGUUCCAUGCUUAAACUGCAAGCAUAAAGGCGACAGUUAAAUUUUAAACAUGUUCCCUCAGGGUGAUUUGUUUUCACAGGCUUGUCUUUUACGAAACGGUACAUGGUUUAACGAUCAACUUGAAAGACAGAUGACCUGAUGCCAGAGUGCUUUAUCUUGAGACCUUUUGUUGGUUUUCUCUAUAUUUACUCCCUUAUGACCGAUAUCUUUUCUCAAGACUGUAGUUAUACUCAAGAGAUAUUUGCGUCACGUCUAAAUUAUUCCAUAAGAUAUUUUUUAGUUCUAUCUCCAUGGAGUGAUGGUGGUGUUUUUUUUAUACUCAGGGCUCUCCUUUGUGUUUUAUUUAUUUUUGAGACUGUUACUGAAUUGGCACUCUGCAGUAUGAAGGCUGCUGUGUCGGUUGUGAAUGCUGUUCUCGCAAUAUGGCUGCUGCAAGGUAUAUCAAGAUUGACCGAUGCUCAGAACACCACAGCGGUGGAGUGUCCAGUGGAGAUACCAGAUGGAUACUCAAUCGUCGGGAGUAAACGGUACCCUAAGACGCUGUACGUCACCUGUCAAGGGUGCAAUGGACAAGACAGCUGGGGGAACUCCAGAUGUAAAGAGGACGGCACCCGGGAUGAAGUCGUAUUACCUAACUGUACUGUUUCGUGCCUUAACAGUGAGAUGUUUUACAGAUGUAAGUCCUGGGUUAUACAAGAAUGUGCGUUCAACGUAGCCAGGUUCUGGGAGUUAUGUGGAAGGUCGUGUGAUACACCGGCACUCUGUCACAGAGAGUCUGGCGAGUCUGACUGCCAGUGCGGCAAGUAUGCUCAGGAUGGACGAUGCGAAACCGAGGCUGACAUCCGGAACAAUGUCUGCCCUUAUACCUGCUCUCUUAGAGCUAAUAUAACUUGUGGCGAUCCGAAUGUUCUCUUCUCUCACGCGGUGGCCUCACUUCAGACCACGCCACACUGGCUGGACAUAACAACAUUCAGAUGCGAGCCAGGCUACAUCAACAUGGGCCACGCGUCAUGGGUGGCUUGCAGCAUCAAUAGGACGUGGAUUAUACAUUCAAAUGUACAGACACCGCAUUGUGUUCGUAAGUUUUUCGUAACGGCAGUACUGUAGAUGCAUUGGUCACAUGAAGUGACAUCCAGCUCAUUGACACCAUCACGGCGGUACACGCCCUCACUGACACGUUGGUAGACGUCAUCACUGACACGUUGGUAGACGUCAUUACUGACACGGCGGUACACGCCAUCACUGACACGGUGGUAGACGUCAUCACUGACACGGUGGUAGAGGUCAUCACUGACACGGCGGUACACACAUUCACUGACACGACGGUACACACCAUCACUGACACGGUGGUACACACCAUCACUGACACGGUGGUACACACCAUCACUGACACGGUGGUACACACCAUCACUGACAAGGUGGUACACACCAUCACUGACACGACGGUACACACCAUCACUGGCACGGUGGUACACACCAUCACUGACACGGUGGUACAUACCAUCACUGACACGGCGGUACAAACCAUCACUGACACAGUGGUACACACCAUCACUGACACGGCGGUACACACCAUCACUGACAUGGUGGUACACACCACCACUGACACGGUGGUACACACCAUCACUGACACAGCGGUUUGUAAAUAAGCGAGUCUGGGCCUUGUUUGUUGUUUGUUUCUUGCUUCACUCCGCACUCAGGAAUGCUCCAGCUAUAUGAAAGCUGUCUGUAAAUUAUCGAGUCUGGACCAGACAAUCCAGUGUUUGAUGUCAUGAGCAUCG